AAAAGGAAGUACUUACGUCGCUACAAGGGCAGAUUUCUCCCUACUUGGCUAUAUCUCUUUGUUCAAUGAUUAAACGUCUUCUCUGCUUUCUCUUUUUUGGCUUAACUUUUUCAGCUCCGGUGCCAUUACCCCUAGAAGAAGAUUUUAAUGUUUUCCAUACAAAACAGGAAAACCAUGAGCAAAGAUUCCUUCGUGUUGAUCACAAUAGAGACAAAGUAGUCUCAUUCGACGAAUUUCUUCACAUGGAACUUGCAUAUGUUGAUGCAAAGAAAGAAGAGUUUGAUACGUUAGAUAAGAACCAUGACGGGAAAGUGAGCCUUGCCGAGUACGAAGAGCAUUUCCACGAAGCCUCAAGCAAGAAUGAAAAAUCUCGGACCGCAUACUUUGCCAAAGUUUUCGAAGAUUUCGAUGAAGAUUUCAAUAUGGCAUUGAGUCGUGAAGAACUUGAACGUGUGCUUGCUGAACGAUUCUUAGUCAAACCAAGAGAAAACUUUCCCAAAUUGUUUUUCAAGUUUGACGUAGACAAGUCCGGAGGACUUGAUCUGACUGAAUACAUGAAAUUUGAUGCUGAAUUCCCAUUCGAUCAAACCGAUCCAGUUGGUGGAGGACCAUCCAAAUCUAACAAUCACCACGAUCAAAUGCACACAGAAGUCCCUCAAGAUGCUGACGCUGCUGCAAUUGCAGCCGUGUUGGCACAAGCUUCACCAACACUGAAUAAGAGUCCAGUCGGUGUUGCUCCACCCCAAACGUCACCUGGAUUGCAUCCAGUGGCACCAGGGUUAUUCCAGACGGCGGUGCCAAUCAAAAAAGUUUGAUUCUAACAGUAACUUUUACAAUUGUAAUUUUUAAUUUUCUCUAAUACUGGUAUCACAAAUCACUGUCAUUCACCAUAUCAAUUGUUUUUGUAAAUAAAGCUUUAUAGUUAAAAUAUUAUA